AUGACUAGCAAUGAUUUCCAUGAUGUGGGAAUCAUUGAACCAAGGUAUACUUGGUGUAAUAAUAAGGAAGGGAAUUCUAAAAUCUGGGAGAGGCUGGACAGAUGUAUUCUGAAUUCUACAGCCUUGAAAUUACUUCCUACUGCUGCUACUAGACAUCUUGCUAUGGUGGCAUCGGAUCAUAGCCUCAUUAUCCUCAAGAUGAAUGAUAAGGUACGGUUAAACUCUAAAAUUAUAAGGUUUGAAGAUACUUGGAGAUUGUAUCCAGCGGCUAGAAGCAUUGUUUAUCACUCAUGGAGGGAGAAGGAUGGUGGAGAGGAAGGCUUGAUUCUUCAAAAGAAGAUUAACAAAACUUUGAAGGCCUUAUUCUUUUGGAGUAGAAGUAAAUGCAAAGACUUAAAUGAUCUUAAAGUGAAGUUGAAGAUGGAAAUUCUGGAACUUCAAACUAAAGAAGCCUUGGGGAUUGGGUGGACAAAUCAAGACUUGCUUUUACUUAGAAGCAAAAUUCAUGAUCUCAAUGUUACCUUGAAGAGAUUAUCUACUUGGUGGAAUCAAAGAGCCAAGGCUAGAUGGAUUGAAGAAGGUGAUUUUAACUCCAAACUUUUCCAUAAUUUUGCUUCAAUCUUGGAAAAUACCACCAAUUCUCGUAAUCCGAAGGGAAGUUUAAGGAAGCAUCAUAUUGAUUUCUCAUCUUUUGGUGGGGGGCACCAAGAAAUAUAA